UCAAAUGCCUGGCCAAAUUUGCCAUGUCUUUUGCCUGCUGGUUUGGAAGAACUUUCAAAAACAAAAACACCACAAGCUAGUCUUAGUUCUGUCGCUUGUCUUGCCUGUGAUGUCGUCCUUAUUUCUGCUAUUCAUUCGCUCCUCGAGUGACUCAAAUAUGAGAGACUACUCGAUCCGAGCUGAAGCCGAACUUCUGGAGUUCAGCUGGAGCUCACUCAUUGACAAAAUCCACGAGAGACGCGCCAAAAUGGCAAGUAAGCAGCGAAAUUUUACAACAAACGUAUUCAUUCCGGACAUUCGAGUGGCAUUCGCACCCAACUCAAAUGCUGCACUGCGACAGCUGAUGGCCGAUGCCCUGGGCAAACUUUCCAUGUCCGAAGAUAAGAUUGUCGACUUUGGGAACUGCAACGAUAUGCGCAUCCACGCCGCCUCCGAACAUUAUUUGGCAAGUGUCUGCUUCCGUAAUGUGGAUGACUCACUGAAUGGCCUGCCCACCGUGCUGAGCUUCGCCAUAAUCAUGCCGUCGGAGUUGCGCAACUACGAGGACACUUGGAUCGGCGACAGCUGGAAGGAAACCACUACGCUGAUGGAUCGUGAUGUCGCCGAGGACGACGAGUACGACGAGGAUGGCUACACGGACUACAUGGGCGAGGGCUUCGUGCCGCUGCAGUACCACAUCAGCAUGCAGUUCCUGAGAGCCACGGCUGCCAAAGUGGAGAAGUUACCCAAGGUCCUGAUGCGUCGCUUCAAUGAGAAUCCCAACGUGCUGCUCUCCGAGGGCAUAGGAACUUCGGUCGUAUUGCUAAUACUUCUGGGUUUCAUGUUCCCGGUGACCAUCCUAACUACGCUGAUCGUUGAGGAACGCGAACUGGGACAGCGCUAUAUGUUGGAGACACUCAACGCGAGUGCAACAUUGCAAAUGGCAACGUGGUUCCUCAAUGUCUUCGCACACUUCCUGAUUACCUCAUUGCUCAUCACAAUUCUGCUGAAGAUCCAAUGGAAUGGAGCGACGGCAGCUAUUAACAAGUGCCCCUGGCCCAUCUUACUAUGCUUCCUCAUCUCGUAUGGAUGCGCUGUCACCAGUUUGAUAAUACUCAUGGCAUCGGCCAUGCGCAGAUCGAGAGUAGCUAUGGUUAUGGCACCGAUCAUAUGGCUACUGCUGGCCCUGCCGCUUCUAUCGAAGAAGGAACUCCUGUCCGAUGGGCCAGAUGUGUUCUACGGAUUCGUCACCGUCCUUCUGUGCAACGUAUCAUUCAGUCGCGGGCUCUCGAAGAUCUUCUACAUCGAGGACUACACGCUGGGAGUGACAAUAGGAAAGUAUAUGUUCUACAGAGUCAGCCACUCCGAUGUCGGACUCUUUGUGCCGAUCGUUUGUUUCUACAUACAGACCAUUUUUUGCAUCCUACUCGCGCUGAUUUUCGAAAACAAUACCUACGUUUGGCUGGCGAUUCGCGUGAAGAAUCUGCUGCAGAGGUACCAUGCCACCAAGUCGGCCGUGGGCAGGUUGAAACGUGAGAUUCCAGCAGUUAGUUUUUCAAAAACUUCAGCUCAAGCUCUCAUCGAAUUUCGUGGCGUAUGGCAAAGGUAUUCGAAAUCGACUUUUGUCGUGCAGGACAUCACACUGAGUGUGUAUUCCGGCGAGGUGGUCGCUCUACUUGGACACAAUUCAUCGGGCAAGAGCACGAUCGUAAAGAUGUUGUAUGGGCUGACAAAGCCCAAGCUUGGCGAGAUCUAUCUGUCCGGUUUCAAUAUAGUAACGCAACGAAAAGAGGCACGGAAAAAUGCCUCAAUUUCUAUGUCGCACAAAAGCCUGUUCACCGAGUUCGUGGUGCUCGAUCAUCUAGUGUUUCUCUCCAGGCUGCGGGGUCUCAGCAAGAUCAAGGCCAAGCUAGAGGCUAAAGCACUUCUUCGAUAUCUAAAGCUUGAGGAUUGGGAAAAGUCUCCGGUCAAUGAGCUGACCAUCGGGCAACGGAGCGUGCUGCAGUUCCUAUGCGCCUUCGCUGGAGGCAAGCAGAUCGUCAUCCUGGACAAGCCGUUCGAUGGAAUCGAUGAGCAGCGGAUCAGUCUGUUCUACACUUUGAUUCUGGAUCAAAAGAAGAACCGCUCCAUUUUCUUCACAUCCAACAAUCAAAAAGUGGCCAGCGGAAUCGCCGAUCGCAUUUUUGUAAUCGCCAAGGGCAAACUGCAGGCGUUUGGAACGGAAAAGAAGCUGUGCCGGAUGUUAAACGAGUCCUAUCGUUUGCUUAUUUUUGGCAACGAAAAGUGCAGUUUCUGGGAUGUGUAUGCCUUCAUGGCGAACUUUAUACCGGAAAUGGAGAUGGACUCCAUCUUGGCCGACUGCGCUUCCUUCCUUAUCAAGCACAAAUACCAUACCGAACUGAUUAGUUUGAUCGAGAACUUGGCCAGAGUGAAACAUGAACUAAACGUAUAUAGUUUCGAAGUUCAUGAGUGCAGCAUUGAUGACAUCUUAGUUAGCCUAUACACGCGUGUUAAGUCCACUUUAGAGUUUGGCCAGCCCGGACUACAAACACUUCCAGUAAGCGGACAAGAAGAGCCCGCAAAGUGGAGAUUCCUCAUACCGAUCAUGCACUUGCUGGAGGAGCUACGUCAGCUGCUGAUCGCCGAUACGCGCAACUGGUUUAUACCAAUUCUAAAGCUGACUCUGCCAUCGCUCGUCGUCGUCUGGGCACUGAGUAUGCCAUAUUUCUGGCACAACUGCCGGCAACCGGGACACAUUACCUUUCCGAUGUCCGAUCAUGGCGAUGGCAUCAUACUCAUGCAAAAGGAUUUGCUACAUGGCGAACUACUGGUGGCCAGUGAGGAGUAUGCCAAAGUGGGGGUCACAGAGGUGGGCAAGUCUGUGGACAUCACGACCUUCAUCUAUAACUACGAGUACAAAAACUGUCUGUUGUCGGAUGCGGACAUUAUGGAGGCGGUCAUAUACUCAAAUGCCCAGAUCGAGGUGCUCUUCAACACGAAGUGGCCACACACAGCUCCGGAUAGCUUGGCUCGGGCUUUGAACUCGCUGGCAGUUGCCUUCAUCGGUGGCGAAGCGGGCAUCAAGGUGGAACUGGAGGUGCUGCCCUUCUCGACCAUUCACACGCUGCAACUGCACUUGAAUAUCGAUGGAUACGACUUGAUCUUCGCCAGCUGCCUGAGCUUCUGCUUCUGCUGCAUCUGGAGCAUACCCCUGCUCCACAUGACGCUCAGUAGGGACGGUCGCUACAACUACGUGGAACUGAUUGCCGGCAUGCCGACUAUCGUGCUCAUCGUGGCCUUCCUGAUCUACGACCUGUUGGUGGUGCUCCUCGCCUUGUUCCCCAUUAACAUAGCCGUCAUAUUCUUUCACUGGGAAUUGCUUAUGGACUCCAAUAUACACAUAUACUCCGUCUAUGUCGUGUUCCUCAUUGCGGCGUGUGUGUUUAGCUUGAACAUUUUGAUAACCAUCAUCAUGCCGAUCUCGGAUAUGCCCUUUGUGUAUCUAAACGUGCUCCUUGCCUACUCACUGGGCAUUUUGGUUUACAUAGCAGUGAAGGAACUGUGGCCAUUUACGAAUCCCAACACAGCCCACUUCCUAUUGCUGGACUUCCAUCCGUUCUACGCCCUGCUGCACAAUCUAAUGCGCAUCGCCAGCAUUUCGGAGAAGAUUUGGCUCUGCAGCGAUCGGCAGAUUUACGAGACCAGUGUCUAUGCGGACCAGUGCCAAACGAUUCCCAACUGUUGUGAUGACGAUGCACAGGAGUUCUACCACCUGCGAUACCUGUGCUGUGUAUACCUCCUGCUCGUCGUGGUGUGGAUCUCGAUUUUCAUAUUCCUCAAAUCGCAUAUGGUGAAGCGAAGGCCACGACAACCGAAGUACUUUUGGGAUAGUGAUCCGGAUAGCAAAUACAAUCAGAACAUACUGCACAUCAUGGAGCCCAGCGAGCUGGAGAACACCUGGAUCCAUGAAAAAACCCGUGUGAGCACCUUGGAACGCAACCACAUAGAAUCAAAAGCCCUGCAUGUGGAGCACUUGAGCGUCUUCUUUGGCCUAAAAGCGGCACUCAAGCACAUUGACUUCAUGGUCAAUCGCUAUCAAGUCAUGAGCAUCUUCGGCGCCAAUGGAACUGGGAAAAGUGUGCUGCUGAAGACGAUUCUCGGCAUUUACACACCCAGUUCGGGACGGAUAAUCAGCUCCAAGAGGGUUCCAUACAAGUCGAAGGACUUGGAAUCCUGCCAUAUGGUGGGCUACAGUGCCCAGGAGUUUCAAACGAUGCGAUCGCUGAGCAUAAUGGAGACGUGGUAUCUGAUACUGCGCAUUCGACGCACCAAGCGGAGUUCCCUGCGGGCGGAGGCCACGAAGUUGUGCAAAAUCUUCGGGCUGUACAAGUAUCGCUUCUACUCGCUGUCCAUCUGCAGCCAGGGCGUACUGAAAAGACUGAGUCUCGGCAUAGCCCUGAUAAGCGAUGCCGAGCUCAUCCUGCUGGACGAUCCCUUCACCCAUUUGGACAUCGUGUCGCAGCGCAGCAUGCUGCACAUAAUCCACGACAUGCGCAGGUUUGGUCACAGCGUGAUCUAUACAUGCAGCGACACCGCGUACUCCACGCCCGCCCUACGAAUGGCUACGCUGAGCUAUCCAGGCAUCGCGGUGAUUGGCGAGCGCGAGGAGCUGCAGCAGAACUACUACGCAUCGUACUACAUGGUGGAGACGAGAAUCCAUCUGGCCAAGCUGGGCAGUCCCAUUGACUUUGACUCGCAAUCGACGGAGGCCAAGGAGGAUAGGGCAGGGACCACUGGGACGUUAUGGCGGCGCAGGCAUCAGGAGUUCUCCGCGGCUUUCACUGACAGCGCGGACAGAUGGAAGUACUUAAAGCUGUGCGGAGUCAUCGAAAAUGUAUUUCCACAUGCCAUCAUCAAGAAUGUUAGUUUUCCCAGGGUCUGCUUCUGGCUGUCCAGUCACAUGUACCCCAUGGCCAGGAUCGUCGAUACACUGCAUCGCAACAAGCAGGAUUUCUAUUCCUACUCGGUGUCCCAGCCGUCGGUAAACUGUGUGUUCCUUAGCAUUCAUAGCCAGAAACACAACAAGGAUGCAUAUCCUUACUAAACGAAUUGUGUAAAGUGAUUAAGUAAAGAAUUAUGUGCAGGAAGUAAUUGUGUUAUUAUUCUAAGAACAUGGAUUUCAUAUCUAAUAUCAAUUCAAUUUCCUCUUUUCAAAGCUGUUAUCAAAUGUAAAACAUGCGAGUGCAACUAUUUCGAGAUGCAGCAUCCAAAAUAGCAGACACCGAUAAAAACCAUUAUAUAUUUAUAUAUAUUCCAUGCCAAUUUCCUAAUGGUUCCAUUGGCGAUACACGCUAGUUCCGGCAGCACGCGCGAAA